AUGAAUUCCAAGGUUUGUUCACUGAGCUUCCAUCACAAGAAAGAAGAAGACUCGGGUUUGGUUGAUUUAUCUAUAAACCAAGUAGAUUUGCUCAACCAAGUAGAGAUAUCUCACGUCUUUCACUGUGAUGGCCUGUUGUUAUGCGUGGCAAAGGACAGCUCGAAGCUCGUGGUGUGGAACCCUUAUUUGUAUCAGACAAGGUGUAUCGUACCCACACAAAGAUUCCCGCUUUAUGGCAUGUACGCUCUCGGAUAUGACAUGAACCGCAACCACAAGAUCUUGAGGUUUGUUGAUGAUAUUGAUUGCAGUGGUACUAGACCAACAGAACGCAUUACAGGGUGCGAGAUCUACGAAAUUAGGUCUAACUCAUGGAGGGUCCUCGAGGUCACUCCCGACUGGGAAACACGAAAUUAUGGCCGUGGAGUGUCUGUCAAGGGAAACACCUACUUGUUUGCUACAGAGAGACUAUGCGAUGAAUAUGGAUGGGUGUCUGAGGUUAAAGAUUUCUUACUCUGUUUUGAUUUUACGAGAGAGAGAUUCGGACCGCGCCUUCCUAUUCCGUUUCACUCAUAUGAAGAUCAGAGUGUGGCACUCUCGUGCGUUAGAGAUGAGCAGCUCGCUGUGAUGUAUUGCAAGGACGGUGGGAAUGAUGAUAUAUGUGGCAGUGUUGAGAUUUGGGUUACCACUAGGAUUGAGCCCGAGUCUAUGUCGUGGAGCAAGUUUUUGAGAGUUGAAAUGAGACCGUUUAGAAUCACCGGUGUUAGGGUUGACCAGUAUCGUGGGAGCUUCUUCGUUGACGAGGAAGAGAGAGUCGCUGUGGUGUUUGAUCUUGACAGCUAUCACCCUCCCACCAGGACCACUCGCUACCACACAGCUUUUAUCCAUGGAGAAGAUGGAUACUUGAAAUCUGUGAGUCUCGGAGAAGCGCCCUGUCCCGGGCCACGUUGCCCCAUAACCGGGUUUAUCGCCGAAGUUUAUAUUCCCCCACUCGUUUGCUCUUCUUCUUAUCGUCCCAGUUUGGUGCAAGUCAAGUUGACUUAG